AUGGAUGGAGUGUGGGAUCCGAUCCGGGUGUGUACGAUGAGCAACCCAGAGGACACGACCACUUGUUGUGGGAAGACUCGGGCCAAGACGAGAUGCAAAAACCGCAUCUCAAGGGAAUCUCGCUCCGAAGCUGCUCAUAUCCUGCAGCUUUUGGCGCAGCGACCUCCGGAUGACAGCCUCGUCCAGAAACUGAGCAAGAUUGCCAGGCUCCUACUAUGCAGAAGAUACCACCGAGACCAGGAGGACGAACAAGUGCAGCCGCUAGUUGAGCACUGGUACGAUAGUGCUCACGAUUCAGGCGUCGGGCUUCAACGUCCGGUCGCUGUACGCACGGAAGUCCGGCAAAUUCUCUCGUCACCAAACCCAAGGAAUUCAACUUCGACGCCAGUGACUCCCAUGGAGGUUGAACCUCCCUCGACUGAGCCUCAGUCCAUCCAUAUUGAGCAGCUGAGGCAAAGGCCAGACCAAUUCGAGGUGAUGCCAUCUUCCCAAGGGCGGAUCAAGUUUGGGACCGCAAAUGCCGACAACACCCGCACGCCAGUGAUCCUCCGUUCACUGGAGCCGAAGGAUGACAGCGGCAGAAUAAUGUGCAAUAUCUGCUGGCAGGAGUCUGCAGACGAAAUCGCUAAUUUGAAAUGCGAGCACUGUGAGAAUAGCGUGCACUUAGGAUGCAUGGGAGACUGGCUCGAAAAACGCUCAACUCAGAUCAACUUCAACUGCCCAAUAUGCCGCGGGGUUCGCCGGUUUGAUGCUCAUUAUUCCGUCGCUGUGACGACAAGGGAAACAGAGAAUGGAAUUGGCGGUGUUGAUGACUCCGUCACUAGCCCAGGGGAGAUCGCUUCAACGGAAGGGGCUGGGUCGCAAGGUCUCCGCCGGUCUGGUAGAUCCAGGAGACGGCCUGACUACUACGGAUCAUCAUAG